AUGCGGUCCUUCGCCCCUCUUGUACUAGGCUUGCUGGGCGCCACUGCCGCGGUCUCUGCCACCGAUGCCGCCGCCGACGCCGCCGACUCCAAUGUCAUCGCCUUGACCCAGGACACCUUCGACGAGUUCGUUAAAGACCACGACCUGGUCCUCGCUGAAUUUUAUGCGCCCUGGUGCGGCCAUUGCAAGGCCCUGGCCCCAAAGUAUGAAGAGGCCGCGACGGAACUAAAGGCCAAGAACAUCCCCCUAGUCAAGGUUGAUUGCACCGCGGAGGAGGAUCUCUGUCGUACAUAUGAAGUCGAUGGAUACCCGACCCUGAAAGUUUUCCGUGGUCCUGAUUCACACAAGCCCUACGGUGGUGCCCGUCAAACGGAUUCGAUUGUUUCCUACAUGACUAAGCAGUCAAUGCCUGCUGUUUCGAAUGUGAAUGAGGAGAACCUGGAGGAGUUCAAGACGAUGGAUAAAAUUGUGAUUAUUGGCUAUGUCGCUUCCGAUGAUAAGACCUCCAACAAGAGCUUCACCUCCUUUGCCGAGUCGCAGCGCGACAACUAUCUCUUCGGCGCCUCCAAUGAUGCAGCCCUCGCCAAGGCUGAGGGUGCCAAGCAGCCCUCGAUCGUUCUCUACAAGGAUUUUGAUGAGAAGAAGGCUGUGUACGAUGGCAAGCUGGAGGACGAUGCCAUCCUGACGUGGGUCAAGACCGCCAGCACUCCUCUUGUUGGUGAGCUUGGUCCCGAGACCUAUUCCAAGUAUAUGGCUGCCGGUGUUCCGUUGGCUUAUAUCUUCGCCGAGACCGCUGAAGAGCGUGAGAAAUUCGCGGAGGAGUUCCGUCCUAUCGCCGAGGCUCACCGCGGCGAGAUCAACAUCGUUACGCUUGACGCCAAGCUGUUCGGUGCUCACGCCGGCAACCUCAACCUUGAGCCGGAGAAAUUCCCCGCUUUCGCGAUCCAGGAGACCACCAAGAAUGCCAAGUACCCCUAUGACCAGACCAAGGAGAUUGACGCCAAGGAGAUCGGCAAGUUCAUCAAGGAUGUUCUUGAUGGCAAGAUUGAUCCCAGCAUCAAGUCUGAGCCCAUCCCUGAAGCCCAGGAGGGCCCAGUUACCGUGGUUGUGGGCCGCAACUACCAAGAGCUCGUCAUCGACAAUGACAAGGAUGUCUUGGUUGAAUUUUAUGCCCCGUGGUGCGGUCACUGCAAGGCUCUGGCUCCAAAAUACGAGGAGCUUGCUGCCCUGUACGCCGAUGUCCCUGAGUUUAAGGAGAAGGUCGUCGUCGCCAAAAUCGAUGCUACUGCCAAUGAUGUCCCCGACUCCAUUACUGGAUUCCCGACCAUCAAGAUGUAUGCUGCGGGCAAGAAGGAUGCGCCCAUCGAGUACGCCGGCUCCCGUACCGUGGAGGACCUCGUUGAGUUCAUCAAGACCAACGGCAAGUAUGAGAUUGAUGGCCUGGCCAAUGGCGCCAAGAAGCCUGAGGAGGGCGGUGAUGUUACUGCGCCCGCUUCGUCCAGCGAAGCCGCCGAGACUCCAGCUCCUUCUGACAAGGAUAUUCACGAUGAGCUGUAA